UUCUUUCCCAGCAGGGUUGUGCUUACAUUACUCUUUAGAUCUCUCUUGAAGAGGGCUGGUAUAUUUGUGCCUGCUGGAGGUGGAAUUAGCAGUAAGAAGGAGAAAGGGAUUGAAUGGACUUACAGGAAGGAUUUCAAGUAAAUUCAGGGAAACACAUUUACUUGAAUAGUACAACCUUGAGUAUUAUUUUACACUAAGACGACACAAAAGAUGUUAAAGUUAUCACCAAGCUGCCGGACAAAUAUAUAUUCCAACACCAAGGUACAGAUCAGCAUAGAUCUGUGAUUCAGAAAUCAGGAUUUGUCUUGGAAAGAGCUCAAGGGUUGAGAAGAACUCAAGAGCAAGUGAAGAUAACUUUGGGAAUGACAGUUUAUCAGAAGAUCAACUUUCGUUAAUUCAAAUACCAAAGGCCUGAUUAUCAUAAAUUCAAUAGGAAUGCAUAGGUCAUCUCAUCAAAUGAUAUUAGCUGUCUUCUGCUACAUCAAUGCAGCAAAAACGCUUAACAACUGUGGAUAAUUGGAAAUCUGAGUUUCAGCUUUCUUAGAAAUAACUACUCUUGACACUUUCCGAAAUAUUUAAAAUAGAACAGGAAGAUCAGUGAGGAUGUUGUACUCAGAAAUGUCACUGUCAUGAAGAAUAGGUAAAUUUGUUUUUUUCAGCUACUGGAAAAGUAUACCUCCUGAGAACUUAGAUUUUUUUUUUUAAGAGGACAAGAAGGACUAAAAAUAUCAACUUUUGCUUUUGGACAAAAAUGCCUCUGACUGUAUUUUUACUUAGGGGUAUUGUGGGUUUCCUCUGGAGCUGCUGGGUACUAGUGGGUUAUGCAAAAGGAGGUUUGGGAGACAAUCAUGUUCACUCCAGUUUUAUUUAUAGACGACUACGGAACCAUGAAAGACGGGAAAUACAGAGGGAAAUCCUCUCUAUCUUAGGUUUGCCUCACAGACCCAGACCAUUUUCACCUGGAAAACAAGCAUCUUCUGCGCCUCUCUUUAUGCUGGAUCUGUACAAUGCCAUGGCCAAUGAAGAAAAUCCUGAAGAGUCAGAAUACUCAGUGAGGGCAUCCUUGGCAGGAGAGACCAGAGGGGCAAGAAAGGGAUACCCAGCCUCUCCCAACGGGUAUCCUCGUCGAAUACAGUUAUCUCGGACGGCUCCUCUCACCACCCAGAGUCCUCCUCUAGCCAGCCUCCAUGAUACCAACUUUCUGAAUGAUGCUGACAUGGUCAUGAGCUUUGUCAACUUAGUUGAAAGAGACAAGGAUUUUUCUCACCAGAGAAGGCAUUACAAAGAAUUUCGCUUUGAUCUUACUCAAAUUCCUCAUGGAGAAGCAGUGACAGCAGCUGAAUUCCGAAUAUAUAAGGACCAGAGCAACAAUCGAUUUGAAAAUGAAACAAUUAAGAUAAGCAUAUAUCAGAUCAUCAAAGAAUAUACAAAUAGGGAUGCAGAUCUGUUCCUGUUAGACACAAGAAAGGCCCAAGCUUUAGAUGUGGGUUGGCUUGUCUUUGAUAUCACUGUGACCAGCAAUCAUUGGGUGAUUAAUCCACAGAAUAAUUUGGGCUUACAGCUCUGUGCAGAAACAGGGGAUGGACGCAGCAUCAACGUAAAAUCCGCAGGUCUUGUGGGAAGACACGGGCCUCAGUCAAAACAACCAUUCAUGGUGGCUUUCUUCAAGGCCAGUGAGGUACUUCUUCGAUCUGUGAGAGCAACCAACAAACGGAAAAAUCAAAACCGCAAUAAAUCCAGCUCUCAUCAGGACUCUUCCAGAAUGUCCAGUGUUGGAGAUUACAACACAAGUGAACAAAAACAAGCCUGUAAGAAGCAUGAACUCUACGUGAGUUUCCGGGAUCUGGGAUGGCAGGACUGGAUUAUAGCACCAGAAGGAUAUGCUGCAUUUUAUUGUGACGGAGAAUGUUCUUUUCCACUCAAUGCCCAUAUGAAUGCCACCAACCAUGCCAUCGUUCAGACUCUGGUUCAUCUGAUGUUUCCUGACCACGUACCAAAGCCUUGCUGUGCUCCAACCAAGUUAAAUGCCAUCUCUGUUCUGUACUUUGAUGACAGCUCCAAUGUCAUUUUGAAAAAAUAUAGAAAUAUGGUAGUACGUUCAUGUGGCUGCCACUAAUAUUAAAUAAUAUUGAUAAUAACAGAUCUGUAUUAAGGUUUAUGACUGCAAUAAAAAGCAUACUUUCAGACAAAGGGGGAAUUUCCUAA